AUGUCUAUGGUUCACCCCACAUCGACUCACCUGUCUGUAGCUCAACCAGCCACGGGAAGACCCAGCUCGAUCUCGUCAAAUAUGACCACAGACGGAAGCGUAUCGUCCACGCCUACGGCUCCAGAGGCCGUCACCCCGCCAGAGGCUCCUGGUCACUCAGCUGCCACCAAUACACCACCCCCAGCCAUGUCGCUGUGGACGUUUUGGAAGCAGUCGAGGAGGGAUGGAGGCAAACCAAAGAAGCUCACAAAACCAUCGAACACCCCGAAGCCCGUGGCGUCUUCUCUCCAGCCCACCUCAACUCAGCUCUCCACAGCUCAGCAGGACGCGGGCGGGUUACCAGGCUCCAGUUCGUCAAGCUUAACUACAAGGAGUAGCACAUCAGCCACAUCCACGGCCUCACAGGUCGCUUCUACGAGCGAGACGCCUCGUCAGGCUCACGCAGAGUCGUCGACGAAAUACGAAAAGGCUAACGAUCUCUGUGUACUGAUCCUCAAUAUCGUAAAGGACUUCUCAGAGUCCAACGGAAUGUUUGCUCCUCUCAAAGCUACGUGCGCGUUGCUCAUUCGUGGCUUGGAGACUACAAAAGCGUUACAUGACAUUCAUGCUGGAUGGGAUGAGCUUCUUGAGGACCUUCAACCGUGGCUAGAACUCAUGAAAAAGAUUAAAACCAAACUGGACAAGGCGGGAAAUUCAUCAUCAGACGACGGAGACCUCAGGCAAGCAGUAGAUGACUAUACUAAAGUUGUCAACGAGGCGAUUGAGGAGGUGGUGAAAGAGCUAGAGAAGCUGAAAACCCCAGAGUUCAAGACACAAGCGAAGCGUCUAGCGACGCUAAAGAUGGACCAAGACCGAAUGAAGCGCAUACGUCAAAAGCUCUAUGCGGCGCAUAAGAUGUACAGCAUGGUUGCGAGUGGCGUCACCUUCAAUAAAAUCGACAGCCUCGGUACACCUAUCCGCUCACUUCAACCUUCUUCUAGACCAAUCAUUGCGGGGCUCGCGGGCUCGAGCUCGCCAAAUUCUAUUCCAGAAGAUAGCAAGGCACCCACCCUCACACCCUCUACUGUCGUUACUACGCCGGAGGCGCCUCGUCAGACCCAUGCAGAGUCGUCGAAGAAAUACAAGAAAGCCAGUGCUAUCUCUCUUCUGAUCUGCAAUAUCGUAAAGGACUUCUCGGAAUCCGAUGAAAUGUUUGCACCUCUCAAGGCCACGUUCGCAUUGCUCAUUCGUGGCUUGGAGACUGCAGAGGCAUUAGACAACAUCCAUACUGGAUGGGAUGAGCUUCUCGAGGACCUUGAACCGUGGAUAAGCCUCAUGGCGUGGAUUAGAGCUAAACUUGACGAAAAGAGCAACCCAUCAUCAGACGACGAAGACUUCAGGCAAGCAGUGAAUAACUACACUAAAGUUGUCAUCGAGGCGAUCAAGGAGGUGCUGGAAGAGCUAGAGAAGCUGACAACCCCAGAGUUCAUGCCACAAGCGAAGCGCCUGGGGACGCUAAGGAUUGACCCAGAACGAAUGAAGCGUAUACGUCAAAAGCUCCAAGAGGCACACAAUAGAUAUUCCACUUCUGUGGGCUUCGUCACGAACAAUAAAAUUGAUGUUGUCGGAGAAGGUAUAUCCAAGUUGCGGGUCGAAGUGCGACAUGCUCUGGAUAUCAAGGACCUACCAGCGCUCGUAGCCGAAUGCACCAUCACGGAAUUUACAUAUGGCUUCCGAUCUCCGCAGAGUUGUCUUCCCGAAACCCGAACGGACCUGCUUGCCAAGCUCAAACAAUGGGAUGAGGACCGGUGCAAAGAGCAAUUCUUUUGGGUUACAGACAAGGCAGGCAGUGGCAAAACCACUGUUGCCGCGACCAAAGCUUCCCAUUGGCAACUCCUUAAGUACCCGGUGGCGCAAUUAUAUUGUCCACCGGAUAUGAAGGAAACGCCAAAAGUAAAGCAGAUUAUUCGACAUCUCGCUGCCCAGCUUCUAUCCUCCGAAAGCAUUCGCGAACUUGCGACGCGACAACUAAGGCAAACGUCAAUGUAUCAACAUGAUCCCCCCACCUAUUUUCGGCUUCUCAUAUCCGAGCCACUCCAAGCCCUUCACGAUCCCUGCCCCAUAUUCUUUAUUCUUGAUGCUGUGGACAACCUCGGGGUUGACGAGCAGGAAGCCCUGCUCAGGAUUCUCGCUAACGAGAUCCCGAAUAUUCCUUCCGCCAAGGUUCUUAUCACAAGUCGGCGGUCGUUGGGCACCAUACAUGACCUCAAACGGAAGGGGCUGUUGUAUGGAGCGUCAGAACACCCUGUCGCCUCUGAAACUUCGAAUGCAGAAGACCUUCAGCGAUAUGUCAAUUCAGAGUUGCCCAUUCCCAAGUUUUCCGACGACAAUCGGAACACUGUGGUCAGAUACUGUGCCGGCCAGUUCGAGGUAGCGGUGGUUGUGUGCGAGAUGCUUGUCAAAAGUCGGAAAAGAUCAGCGAUCCUCGCUGAACUUGCGGAAGGGAAUGGGUCUCAUGCGGGUAUAGACGGUGUCCAUGCCAACACCCUGCACCAGGCGUUCAGAGACAAGAGGGGGAAAGAUCGGGAAGACGCGCUACAAGUGCUACAAGUUCUCGUUACCUCAUUCGAGCCCUUGUCUAUCGAAGGCGGCUUCUCUCACCUACUAGAUCGCGACGAAUACGAUCGUAAUGAUCAGGUACCCACCCUCCUCAGUCAGCUGCAAGAGCUUGCGGUCCUCGAAGAUGUCAAAGACGACCUCAAGCCACUGGUAUUCAAGAACAAGUCUUUCAAAGAAUUCGUCUGCUCUACCAAGGAGAGAGCGGGCGAUUUUUAUGUAGAGCCCGAUGAAGCACACAGCCAUCUGGGCAGACUAUGCAUACAACUCCUGAGUGGAACGCACACCACUAGUGGUCGCAAUAUCCUAAGAUACGACUUGUUGGACGCAAGGCGACAAGGAUACCGGAUUCCCAGGAACUCGGAUAUCAAAUCGGAUGAUCGGCUCCAGAAAACCCUUGGGGAAGGUUGGAGAUAUGCAGCGAAGUUCUGGCUCGACCACAUACUGGCAGGAUGGGUGGACUGGGCCAUGAUCCAAGAUUUCCUCAGCAAACACUUCCUCCAUUGGAUUGAACUGGCGAGUUGGAUGGGCACACUUGACAGCAUCAUUGCUUCUCUACUCAAGCUCCAGGAGGAGGUCAAUCUGGAGGUGGCCGAAGAGGAGGGAUACAAUGUUUCAGGCUCAGAAAGGCUAAUUCUGGAGAACUUAUCUCAUUUCCUCAAAGUUGGACUUACCUAUGUCCGCCAGUAUAGGGAUAUUUUUGCGGAAUCUGCGCUGCACGUCUACACCUUCUUGGUAACCCUAGAAGCUUCCGAGGCCCAACUCCUGAGUCCCAACGACGCCGCCGGGCACAAAGCCCCGAGAUUCAUUUCAUCGGAGCCCAUACUGUGGGAUAGCCCAACGUCGCCUGACAGCGCUGCGAUUGGACUGUUUUUCGACGACGAAAAACACUUUCUCGGCACCAUUCGGUCACCCACCUAUGAUUACAUCAACGUGUGGUGGGUGACCAAUGACGGAGGCGUAGACAAGGCGUUGCUCGAUGUCGCCACUUCUGUUGCCUCGUGGGCUACCAACGGUAAAGAACUGGUAUCAGUUGGCCCUCGAGGCCUACGAAUCUACGACCUGAACUCCAAGUCGCCUUCUACAAAGGUACUCACUGAUUUCAGCAUCGCGGAUCCCGAGAAAGUUUUGUUCUCGGUAGAUGGACAGUAUCUCGCAAUCUCCUCAGCUAAAGCGACGCAAGUUUGGAACUAUGAAACAAAUCAGCUCGUCUGGAAGUCCAAACAAGCGCUUGGAGUCAUCUCCUUUGCACCUAGCGGAGAUGAUACGGCAAUAGCUGGUCAGAGAGGGGAUAAGCUUGUGCUCUGUGACCUGGCGGAUGGAACAGAGUACGAGGCACCCUCAUCGGGCGAUCCCUGCAUCCAGACUGCCAUGCAUCCAACAGAUUAUAUGGUUGCAGCAGUACGAUCUCAGACCCUCGAAGUCUGGGAAGUCGUUGGGGGCAAACUUGAACUCGCCGGUCAGGCCAAACUCGAGAACCCGCCGUCGGCCGCUUAUCCUCUACAUUUUGCUGGGAAGAGGAAGGAUCUUAUUGUUUAUGGCUCCUGGACAUGGUCAUUGGAGAGGACUCCUAACAGGAGGAUUUCGCUCACCAAGUGCGACGACGACAGGGUUACCACAUGCGAACUGGAUAGCAAGAAAAUAAAACACUCCAUGCUUACUUAUCAUGAUGGCUGGAUUCAUUCCGCAUAUCAUGCAGGCCCAAUUAUGCCUGUACCGCCCCGACUACGCCCUGCAUUCGACGCCGAGGAGGGCCUCCAGACGCUAAAACGCGAAAGUACGAUCGCCAACUUCGGUCAGUGCAGCCUCGACGCACAGAGGCCAUUGUUGACACGGUCAUCACGCGUAAACUGUGAUGAAAUCUACUCCACGAACUCGUCGUGCAGCUUGUGGGCCGCGACUGGACAAGCCGCUCUAGAAGGUGCGCGCCUGUUGGUCAUCGGCGCGACGGCGACGUCGACGUCGCUACUCAAGAAUCUCGUACUGCCCGGGAUCGGUCACUUUACGAUCCUUGAUCCAAACGUCGCCAAACCUGAGGAUGUAGGCAACAACUUCUUCCUCGAGUACGACAGUAUUGGCAAGCAAAAGGCCGUCGAGGCUGCUAGACUCUUGUCCGAGCUCAAUGAGAGUGUACAGAGCGCCGCAGAAGUUUCGGAUAUCGCAGAUAUUUUGGAAAAGAGACCAGAGUGGCUAGCCGAUUAUACGCUCGUUCUUGCCCACAAUCUCCCGAGAAAGACUGUAGACAAGCUCGCCGCGUAUCUCUGGUCCGAUCCCGCCUUGCCUCCCCUGUUUGUGGUCAAGACUGCCGGUUUCUUGGGGGAAUUCUACGUCCAAUGUCACGAACAUACAGUUAUCGAAUCACAUAUCGACGACAAGCCAUCGCUCCGCAUCGACAAUCCGUUCCCGGCCCUUCAAGAGAAGGCAAUGUCCAUCGACCUUGCAAAUCUCGACCAGACAACGCAUGCCCAUGUUCCAUUUAUCUACAUUCUCAUUCAGGCAGCGGCAAAGUGGCGAGCCGAGCACAAUGAUACAUUGCCCAAGAAUUUUGCAGAGCGUAAAGCGUUCCAGGGACUAAUCGAGGACAUGAAGAUGAAGUUUGACGAAGAAAACUUUGACGAAGCUGCUGGACAGAUCUUCCGCGUUAACCCUCAGCGCAUUCCAUCCGAUGUCACGACGCUGUUUGACGACCCUGCACUCAAGUCCUUGGGUCCACAAUCCAAACCCUUCUUUCACCUACUCUCUGCGCUCAAGGAAUACGUACUAAGCCAGGAAGAAGGAAAGAGGACAUUGCCAUUGAGCGCGACGCUGCCGGACAUCAAGUCGGAUACGAAGAGUUAUGUGGAAAUUCAAACGAUUUACAAGACGCGUGCCACAGAAGAGCGUAACCUGCUGAAGGCCAUCUUGGUCAAGCAGCUCAAGGAACGGCUAGGGGCCAAUGUGGGAGGAGAAGACGAGUUGCUCAACAGGGUUGGGAUUAGCGAGAGAAUGAUCGACGACUUUGUCAAGAACUCGCACGGUCUUCGCGUGCUCAGGAGUAAAGCGUAUGGAGCACUCGACAAGGAUCCUCAGGCACUCGGCGAGUCUUUGAUGGUCAAAGUGAGGGAGACGGCCGUGCACCUUGCGUUUGCCGCGUUAGACGCGCUUCCAGAAGGCACAGAGCCAACCGUAGAGAAUCUGCGAGCGGCGGUCCAGGCACUGAUUGGGAAAGACGCCGAGAUUACAGAGGAGAUUGAACAAAGUAUAGGAGAGAUUGCACGCGCGCCGACAGCAGACUUGCCCACUACGGCCAGCUUUGUUGGAGGCUUGGUCGCGCAAGAGGCGAUCAAACUCAUUACCAAGCAGUAUAUUCCUCAAGUUGGUGGCUACGUUGUCGUCGACUUGAUCGGAAGCUGGACAGGCGUCGUCCCAUAA